UGUGGGCUAUACGCGAAUGAGUCUGGAGUGGAAACUGGAAUGGUUCAUUCUGACGGAUUCUGUACUUACUAGCGUGGCAUAUGUUUGUGCAAGGUUAUCAUCCGAGUACAUGCCAGAAUUAUACUGUUUUUGCCAUCUUUGUAGGGGACUAAGGCUCCAGUAUCUGGAAUUGUGAGUAAGUGCUGUAGUGAGUGGUAGAAUCGUGUCAGCCAUGGGUUUCCGUAAGAAGAACAAGAGCCCACCGGUAUUGAGCCACGAGUUCGUGAUCCAGAAUCACGCAGAUAUGGUGUCGUGUGUGGCUAUGAUCAUUCUACUGGGACUGAUGUUCGAGGUAACUGCGAAGUUUGCCAUAAUGUUCAUCACAGUCCAGUACAAUGUGAAUAACACAUUAGAUGACCGGCCAGAACCAGGAAAUUUCUACCAAUAUGGAGCGAAAGAUAUGGCGACUGUUUUCUUCUAUAUGCUGAUUGCUAUAAUACUGCAUGCUUUGAUUCAAGAAUACAUCCUCGACAAAAUGAAUCGACGGCUGCAUCUGUCUAAAACGAAGCACAGCAAAUUCAACGAGUCCGGCCAGCUUGUCGUUUUCUACUUCUUUUCCUUUAUCUGGGGCAGUAGCAUCUUGACUGGGGAGGACUUUGCGACAAAUCCGACGUUUUUAUGGGAAGGAUAUCCACAUAACCAUAUGGUCUUUCAAGUGAAAUUCUUCUACAUAUGUCAGAUCGCAUACUGGCUUCACACUCUGCCAGAACUGUACUUUCAAAAAGUGCGAAAGGAGGAUAUCCCACGUCAGCUGUACUACAUUUCCCUCUACGUUUUCCACAUCACUGGUGCCUACGUCUUAAAUCUUCACCGCCUGGGACUGGUCUUGCUGGUGCCACACUACUUGGUGGAGCUGCUCUUCCACGCUUCCCGGCUCUUCUACUUCAGUGACGAGAACAAGCAAAAAGGGUUCACUCUGUGGGCGCUGCUCUUCGUCAUCGCCCGUCUCCUCACCCUCACGCUCUCUGUCCUCACGUUUGGCUUCGGUUUGUCCCGCAUGGAAAACCAGGGUUUCUCUAUAGCAGAGGGGAACUUCAACAUCCUCACUAUCAGGAUCAGCUGCCUGGCUGCCAUUUGUCUGACACAGGCCUGGAUGAUGUGGAAGUUCAUCAAUUUCCAGCUGAAGAAGUGGAGAGAACACAGUCAGAUCCAAGCCACCAAAAGGAAACCCAUCAGCCCAAAAAGCAGGCCUUCGAAAAAAGACUCGGCCAGGGGAAACGCGUCCAAUGGGGUCAUGAAGUCUGAGGACAGGACAUCACCGCGUGCUAGAAAACCGAAGACCUUGUAGGGUGUGCUAACCAAGGGCCACUGGUUUCUCUUUUUACUUUUCCAGUGGCACACUGUCCCUUCUCUCAUAAAAUGUCACCACUGUCUUGGGUCCCAAAAACAAACUUUUGACCACAUUAAGAGAGUCACAUCCGUGUCUUUGCAGUUAAACCCCCUGCCCAUCCCAACCUGCAAGGGAAAAAAAAAAUCAGUUUUGGUAUUUACUUUUAAAGUUUAUUUUACUUAAUGGUCCUUUUUAGUUUGUUUAAGACUUUCAGGGUUGCAGGCUGGCUGGAAAUGACUUUGAUCGCUUGAGGGCAGAAACCCUUAGAGUGGCAGGUGGUGAGCACCGGGUGAAAUGUGAUUGGGUUGCUGUUGGGCCUGUGCUGAAAACCCAAGUAAAGCCAUUUGUACUUUUCUACCAAAACACUGUGUGGUAAUCACCAUACGCUUCUAGGACAGCAGAACUUGCUGCUCACACAUUCAGUUGGGAAUUGUUUUUUAGCCUGUAAUUUAUUCCACUGCGGAAAUCUGACUCGCGUUGCGUUUUCGUUGCAAACUGGGGUGGCUACAGUCACGGGUUGUGCGAGAUGCAGGUGGCAAAGGGAGGUGCUGCGCGUGCUGAUCUGGAAUGGGGUUGCUACAGCUGACACCAAGUGCUGUACGAGGGCCAGUGGAGGUGGCUGGGGCGACGUUCACUCCCUCAGCGACGUUGGGCUCGGUGGGGUGCCUCAGUUAGGCCCUCCGGAGGGUGACUUCGACUAUUUGCCCUCCUGAGCAACAAAAAACUGAAGUGCAAAGAUGCUCUGUAAGGGAGGAAAACCAAGGUCAAGAUUUUUCUGUAAGACUUAUAUUACGUCUUAUAUUUUUAUGGGAAAUCACAGUUUAACUUGACAGAGCUAAAAAGGAGUAUGAGGCAUGUACAAUUGUCUUAAAACCAGAAUAUCAAUUGCAGUUUAAGCCUGGUUUAGCUGCUAAGUAUUGUCUUUGAGCUUCAUAAGAAAAAGUAUAGCUGACUCACUUGAGCAGCAUUUUAAGUAGAAAAUGUCAGUUGCAUUGUAAAAAACAAUGAAGCAAAUUUUAAUCAGGGGCACUGUAAUUAUUUUCAGAGCUGAAAAUGCUUUAUUCUUCUAGAUAUCUGCCCUUAUGUAGAUAUUCACUGUCCUGGAGUACAGCAGAAAGAGCCAUUCAUUAUGCCGUAAGCCUCAUACUCUGCAGGACUGGUGUUGGCAGUGAGAGGAGUCAUGAGAUGCAUGAAAUCUAUCCAGAUUUAAUACAGAUUGACUUUACCUUCUCUUUGACUAUGUUUUUUGUGAUUUGAAGAAGAAUCAGACAUGAAUUCAUUGUCUGUCAGGCAUCUACGCAACAAACCUGCUCGUAAACUCCAUUACUCACCUGCCUUUAAGCCAACCACGCUACUAAUUUAUUUAUAAACCAUCUUUGUUGUUAACCUGCUUUUAAGCCAUUUGUGCUACUAACAUGCAGAAAAACAGUAUAACUGAUCUGCCUUUAACCUUUUAAUCCAGUCUGCUAUCUGCUAUCUCACCUGUAAAACCAUCUGUGGUACUUGCUUGGCUAUAAGCUGUCCACAUCACUGACCUGUUCCUUAGCUGCCUGUGAAGCAGAUAGACCUGCAAGUAGUUUGUCAUGCAGUUUGAUAGCCUCUGCCCCAGGGAGCCAUAUUUAGACGUAUAUGUGUGUACGAUGCCCUGCUUAUUAGCCUGUCUGUCAGGUAGCUGUGUUAGCAGCCAGUCUGUCACUGACAUGUUGAGUGAGAUGCCUGACAGGCGCUUCAGUUGUUAGCCUGCUUCUAAGGCAGAAACACCGCAAGCUCUUAGUCUUUGUUCACGGUUCAUCAGGCUUGGAGACUCCAGUGUAGUUCUCCACGGGCUUGAAGGAGCCGGCUUUUAUUGAUUUUUUUUCUAUUGAUUGAUGAUGAACCUGUUGGCUGCCGAACCGUUUUGGGUUUAAAUUAUGGCUGAAACAGAAUCCGUCCGUCCCGUGCAUCUGAGGAGUUUACAUGGUCUUCAGCAUAUUGUAUGGGUCUGCUUUGCUUACUCUGGUUUCCUCCAGCAGUCCAAAGACAUGCAGUUAGGCAUAUGGUCAUUUCUAAAUCACCCAUAGGGAUUGUGUCUGUGUGUCUUAUGAUGGUCCGGCAUCCUGGCCAUGGUGCACCCCUAACUUGUGCCCUGUGUUAUGUGGCAUAGGCUCCAAGGCUCCUUCCUGUAACCAGUAAGUAAUUGGAAGAUGGAUGGAUGGUAAUACUGCAAGCUUGAUCACAGUUUACACCUUGCUUUUAGCAAGCAAGCCCACUCCAUCUUUUUCCUUAAUGUUAGCAUGCCCCGGGGGGUGGGGUUGGGAGCUAGUUGACCUUCAACCUCCUGGGGUUUUUUUUUUUCUCCCUACUUAGGAUUUUUUGGUUCCUCUCCUCUGUUGUCAUCUGGCUUUCUUUCUUUCUUUGUCUUUCCUUUUCCCUGUUUUUGUAUUCUGUAUAAAUUAUGCAGGAAUCCACACCCAUGUAAAACGCCUUUGUGACUCUGUUGUGAAAGGUGCUGUAUAAAAAUAAAUUCAGUUGAAUUGAAUUGAAAACUGCACAAAAGGAAACUUCUAGUGUUUAACUUUGUCUCAUAUCACUUUAGCUAGUUGUUCAGAACAUCUUUGCACUUUACUUCGGGCUGACUGUGAGUUUUGAUAGUUUGAAUUUGAAAGUUGUUUCUUGCCAGACAUCGCUGAGGGAAUGAUGGUCCCUUGAAAUUCUCGUCGAUAGUAUAGAUCUGUCCUGAGCAUAAGCGGCUUUCCUUGGAAUCAUUUCCAUUGUGGGAUAUGUCCUAAGGCAUGCAGUGAAAUGUUUUACACCUGACUGAUAGUGCUGCCAUAGGAUAUGGCUGUAUAUCCUGCUAUGCUUGCUGUGGUUCCCAGUAUGCAGUGGGGGUGGCAGGCAUUGUGCAGAUAAGGAAGCUGAUCUCAGAGGUGUAUUUGGUUGCAGAGAAUUUGGUUGGUGAAACAUUUAGUGGCCUUUUUGCUUCUACUGAAGGAUUUUUCUACUCCCUUAAUUUUUUUAUAGUGCUUUGUAAUCUUAGCCUGGACAAGGCUACAGUACAAAGCAGUUUUAUGCAUUUGAUCCAAAACUACACAAUUUUUCCAAGUGUCCUUAUUCAGAAAAUUGUAUGACAUUAAUUCCAGGUGGAUGAUUGGUACUGCAGAGAGAACCAUAGCCAUCUAACUGGCCAUUCCAACCUGAAAGACACAGAAAGGCUCGGUAUGUGUGAGCAUCUGUGUGUGUGUGGGGGGGAAGGGAGUUGUGUCCUUUGUUUUAUGCUUGCGAACUACGUUUGCAGCAUCUUGCAUGUUACAGUCACAUGACAUCGGAGGACUGAAAUUUGUUUCUCUUUCGAAUAGUGAAAUGCAAAUGUAGCAAAGCCGUGUUUCAGUCUUCAGUUGUUUGGCAAAUGCAAUCUUGGUUUCUACUUUUCUUCUCUGAGACACCGAAUUUAUCUUGCGGCAUGACAGAUGAUGGUGAGCGUGAUGCAGUGGGAGGUAGCUGACGUGCUGAGGAGCUUUUACGAGAGCCAUCCCUUGCCUGUGAUUUUGAUGUUUCCAUAUGUAGACUUCUGUGAUUCUCCUAUGAGAAGAAGAGACAAGUUUCGGACACAUUAUAGCUUGAUUUUGAAAUGACAAAUAUGAUUACUUUUGAUCAGAAUUUCCGUGGGCUUGGAUUCAGGGUGUUACAGUAGAGUACUUUUUUAUUUGUGAAUGUCAAGACAGUGUUUGGACCUGGGUGGUAAUUCUCUAGUAACACAGCUUGAAACAUUAGAGAAGUGUGACCCAUUUAAUCUGUGCUUUGAUUCCAGUGAAGUUCCUACUUGCAAAGCUGUGGAGCACAGCUCUGCCUCAUGGUGUCAUCUCAGGAGGGAAGAAUCACUUCCAGCCUGUUACUUUCUGAGGCAUAAGGAGAAAAUGGUCCUGCAUAUUAAUAUAGUACAUUGAUAAAAUGUUUUUGGAUAAAAAAAAAAAUAUUUUUUAUAGAGUUGCGUAGAAUGUCCAACUUUAUCCUGUUUGUAUUUUUUAUUUUUAAAGCAAAAACUUACCAUUCAUCGUGUUUGUCCACCAUUCAAAGCUAAAAAUUAAACAAUGUAAAUAUAACGUGGGAUCCUAGUUAUCUUUUGAUAGCUUAAUGUGAUAUGGUUGAGACACGAUAGCUUGAUCCUGCCUGUAAGUUGAGAUGCUCUGGUUUAAAUGGCGAUUGACAAAACUAUAUACAAUGCCUUGCAGCAAAAAGCUGAACUGAGAUUUAUUUUCUGUUUUACUUAAAUAGAUCAAUGCUUGAGAUUAAUGCGAGCCAGUUGCAUCGAUGGCGAUCAGCAUUCACUGUUCUGCAUUUACAGCACGGUUUCUGGACGUUCAGCUUGGAAAAAAUGAACGGGGACGUCCAUUCUCUCGCUAUCGCACAGACUUUUUUUUUAACAAGGUGUCUUGAAUUUCACAGGUUAUCCCAUGAAAUGAGUUUACCAGGAGCAGAACGGUGUCGUCUCUCACCUCAAGGGUGGGGUUAGGGUUCCUGCCUCCACUUUGUGUGCGUGAAGUUUGCAUGUUCUCCCUGUCUCCCUGUGUUGAGUGCGUACUCUUCCACCCCCACCACCCCCAAAGUCGAAAGACAUGCAGCUAAGUUAAUUGGCGUCUUUAAAUUGCCCGUAAUGUGUGAUCAUGUGUAGAUUAUAUCUGCCUGUGAUGGACUGGCAUCCCAUAUAAGUGAUACCCUCGCCUUAUGUCCUAUCCUGUCUGAGAUAGGCUCCAGACCCCCUGUGAAUCCGUCCUAGUUAAGCAGUUGAAAUAUGAAUGAAAACAUUUUAUCAGGCUUGUGGUGAACAUAAGGCACUCUGUGGUGAAUAUAAGGCACUCUGUGCUUAUCCUUCCUCACUAAAUGGAUGCCUUCAGAUUUACUAAUAUGCCAAUCAAAGCAAAUGAACAUGCACCAAAGUUUGUAACAUCUUUUGCAGGCAUAUUAGAAUCAGUUUGUUUUCCCUUCACUGUGAUAUUUUGUAUCCUCUAUUGUGUCUUUUGUUGUUUGCUUAUAGAUGUACUGAUGUAUUGCUUUUUAUCAGAAGGUGUCAGCACUGAUGUAUGCCGGAGUGUAUGUAUUUAUGAACAUUUUCAUGUUUUUUUUUUUUUCUUUAAAUAAAUGCACUGUUACUUAAUCAAUACAUUGUCAUUGCUGUGUGAAGCAUAGUAAUUGGCUGCGAUGGGGUGUCGCCUCAUC